AUGACUAAGGUUGACCACAAAGUCGUCCUGAUCGUCAUCGACGGUUGGGGUAUCCCAGGCCCAGACUCUCCCAAGGACGGAGAUGCGAUCGCUGCUGCGGAGACACCCUACAUGUCCGGUUUCGCCGACCCCAACUCGAAGACUGCACAGGGAUUCACCGAGCUGGAGGCCUCGUCGCUGGCCGUCGGUCUGCCGGAGGGCCUGAUGGGCAACAGUGAAGUCGGCCAUCUGAACAUCGGUGCUGGUCGUGUGGUCUGGCAGGACAGUGUUCGCAUCGACCAGACCCUCAAGAAUGGCGAGCUGAACAAGGUUGACAACAUUGUCAAGUCCUUCACUCGCGCAAAGGAGGGCAAUGGCCGUCUGCACCUGCUUGGUCUGAUCUCCGACGGUGGUGUCCACUCCAACAUCACCCACCUGGUCGGUCUGCUGAAGGUCGCCAAGGAGAUGGAGAUCCCCCACGUCUUCAUCCACUUCUUCGGUGAUGGUCGUGAUACCGACCCCAAGAGCGCUGCCAAGUAUAUGCAGGAUCUGCUCGACCACAUGAAGGAGAUCGGCACUGGUGAGAUCGCCACCGUUGUCGGACGUUACUACGCCAUGGACCGCGAUAAGCGUUGGGACAGAGUCGAGGUCGCCAUGAAGGGGAUUGUCUCUGGUGAGGGCGAGGAGAGCUCUGACCCCGUGAAGACCAUCAAGGAGCGCUAUGAGAAGGGUGAGAACGAUGAGUUCCUGAAGCCGAUCAUUGUUGGCGGCAAGGACAGACGCGUGCAGGACGACGACACCCUCUUCUUCUUCAACUAUCGUUCGGACCGUGUCCGUGAGAUCACCCAGCUGCUGGGUGACUUCGACCGCUCUCCCAAGCCCGACUUCCCCUACCCCAAGAACAUCAGCAUCACCACCAUGACCCAGUACAAGACCGACUACACCUUCCCCGUCGCCUUCCCUCCUCAGCACAUGGGCAACGUCCUGGCCGAGUGGCUCAGCAAGAAGGACAUCUCGCAGUGCCACGUCGCCGAGACCGAGAAGUACGCGCACGUCACCUUCUUCUUCAACGGUGGUAUCGAGAAGCAGUUCCCCGGCGAGGUGCGCGACAUGAUCCCCUCGCCCAAGGUCGCCACCUACGAUCUUGAUCCCGAGAUGAGCGCCGCGGAUGUCGGCAAGAAGAUGAGCGAGCGGAUUGCCGAGGACAAGUUCGACUUCGUCAUGAACAACUUUGCUCCUCCCGACAUGGUUGGCCACACUGGUGUGUACGAGGCCGCCAUCAAGGGUGUCACUGCCACCGACAAGGCCAUCGGUGAGAUCUACGAGGCCUGCAAGAAGCACGGAUACAUCCUCUUCAUCACCUCUGAUCACGGUAACGCCGAGGAGAUGCUCAACGAGAAGGGCACUCCCAAGACCUCCCACACCACCAACAAGGUCCCCUUCGUCCUGGCCAAUGCCCCCGAGGGCUGGAGCCUCAAGAAGGAGGAAGGCGUCCUCGGCGACGUGGCUCCCACCGUCCUGGCUGCCAUGGGCAUUGAGCAGCCCGAGGAGAUGUCCGGAAAGUCUCUGCUGGUCAAGGCUUAG